CCAACGCCUCCUCCCCUGCCAUGGGGACCCCCUCCAACCUGUCAGCCCCUUCCAAUGGGUCACUGGAGGUGGGUGAGGCCCCAGGGGACUCAGGAGUGGGAGCGGCCACACUGGGGGCAGCACUAAGCCUUCUGUGUGCUGUGGGGGUGGCAGGGAAUGUGUACACAUUGGCCGUGGCACGAGCAGCAGGAUCUUCACUGCACACCCAUAUCGUCAACCUGGCACUGGCUGACCUGCUGUACCUGGGCACUGCACCCUUCAUUGUGCACACUGGCCUGGCGCAGGACUGGCGGUUUGGGGAAGCUGGCUGCCGCCUACUGCUGGGCCUGGAUCUACUCACUAUGCACGCCAGCAGCUUCCUACUUGCCCUCCUCAGCACUGAGCGCUACCAGGCUGUGGCCCAGCCUUUCCGUGCAGCCCACCGCUCCCACCGGUGCCGCUACGCCUUGGCUGCUGCCUCUUGGGCUGCUGCCACAGUGCUGGCACUGCCCAUGAUGCUCAUGGUGCACCUGGAGGAGAGGACAGGCACAAAUGGGCGGACACGGUACCUGUGCACACCAGCCUGGCAAGAGGAGCACUACCGUGCCUACCUGACCGUGCUCUUUGGCACCAGCAUGGUAGGCCCUGGUCUGGUCAUUGGCUGCCUCUACGGGCGCCUGGCACGCACAUACUGGCUCUCGCAGACUCGUGGUAUGCUGGCUGGAGCAGGUGCCCGCCGAGCCCCCGAGCCCCGUGUUUUCCUGUUCAUCCUGGCCAUUGUACUGGCCUUCUGGGCCUGCUUCCUGCCCUUCUGGAUUUGGCAGCUGGUGCCACUGUACAGCCCUGGCACAGCCACCCGACUGCUGCCCACCACUGAGAUCAGCAUCAACCACUUGGUCACCUGCCUCACCUACAGCAACAGCUGCAUCAACCCCUUCCUCUACACCCUGCUCACUCGCAGCUACCGCCAGCGCCGCCGGGCACAUGGCCUGAGGGGGCUACCACCACGCCAGCCGGCCACCAGGGUCUGAGGGAGGAGCACACCCACUCACCAGCAGCAGGUAUAUAUGGGCACAGCAGGGCAGAGGCGCUGCUGUGGGGAAACUCACAGCCAAGGGAGAACAGGGCACUGCUGCAGGGGAGAUCACAGCACAGGGGAAGUGGGGCAUCCCCAUUGUGGGAAUGGUAGCACUUGGGGAGUGGGGCACUGCUAUGGGGAAGCUCACUGCCCUGGAGUUCCACCUAGAAUCAGCUUCAGUCUAGUCCUGGCAUGGAGCACUGGCUGACUUUAGGGAUGGUAGUGGGGCAGGGGCCAUUCCCCUUCAGGGUAGCAAGACCAAAUCGGGCCCCAGAGGGAUAUUGGCUGACUCAGGAAGGUGGGGAUGGCAGGGGCCUUGUCUGUCUUGUGGGGGUGCCAGAUUCCACCUGGCCCCUUCAUACCCUGAGUCCUGCUGGUUCCCUGGUUUAUGUACACCCUAUGCUCCUUUACAGCUGCCCUCCACUUCAAGGGCAGGCUAUGGGGGGCCAAAGGGGAGGGAUUGGCAUACUCACUUCCAGUGCUCCAGAAGCCCUUGUCCUGCUUCUCCCCCACACCCGUCCCAGGGCCUCUCCCUUCCUUAGCCAGCCCUCUCUUCCCCCAGGAGCAGCACCAUGGCCAUGGAUCCUUGCUACCCUUCCCAGCCAGAGCUGGCCCAACCCAGCAAGUCACUCUCUCCACCCACAGGAUGACGAGCCCUGAGCUAGAACUGGAAACACCACAAGCCCCACUAACAAGAAGCACAGCAUCAGGCUGCCUGGUUUCUAGCCCUGUCUGGGAGGGCAGUGGUGUUUGAUGGUUAGAGCAGCAGAGCCAGGACUCCACCCACGCCGAGCGUGUGCUUCCUGGCUGCAGCAAGCUGCUCAUCACCUUGUGUCCAAGUGGUGUCCAGGGCAACACUUGCCUGGCGCCAAUAAAGAGUGUGACUGCAAUUGUCUCCAGGGUGUCCCUGCCGUGUCCACAUCCACCCCAGCCUGGGCACCAAAGUAGCUGCAGGGCACCUUAGGCAGGCAUUGCCCAGGCUGUGAGGGUUUAGGGAUCAGGAUGGGAACUCUAGCUCCAGCGCUGGCUGGCUUGGUGGGUGGGAAUGAGGCAGGGCCUUUCCCCUCUGGUCUUGCCCCUGGAAGUCAGGUCAGCUCUGGGAGUGGGGUCUGGUGGGUAGAGCACAGGGUUUGUCACCAGGAUGUCUAGGUUCACUGCCUCUCUCUCUGGAAAAGUACACAGCAUUAUUGUACAGUUCAUCACCUCAGGGUUACCCCUCAGAUCUUAGUCUGUACACACCCUGCCUGGGCCCCCCGAGGUCCUGGCUGGGCUCCAAAGAUGGGCACUGGAGUUUUUCUGGCCAGGACAACACUGGGUCACUGCAGAGGUCCUGAGCCUCCCCUUGCGGGAGGGCAGCCUGGGCCUGGUUCGCCUGCAUCACCAGGUCCUGACGUUCUGCCUUCUGCAGCGGCUAUACGGCGUCAGUAGCCAUGCAGCAAGGGGCCAUCUGGGGAGUGCCUUCCUCCACCACUUCCAGGGGCUCCAAUACGACUGGCAGCUCCUUGGCCUGUGGGGCUUCUCCCUGCAGGACCUGUAAGGGCUGCCAGAUUUCUACCAGGACAUCUUCCGGGCCUGGAGGCUGGUCUUCGCCUCCAGGUCCCCUGCGACAUGUGCCCAGGGCACCAACCUGCACAUCAAGCUACUCCUCUGGAACCCCCAGCUGGAGGUCCCAACAGCAGAGGCACCCCGGUUGCAACAAAGGUUGAUCCUGGGUGGUGGCACCCAUAUUGGAGACCUCCUGGCCUGUGAUAGGCAGACAUGGGUGAAUCCCGCUGCACUGGCCCGGUGGAUGGGUCUACCCACAAGACUUGCCACCUAGUCCAGGAGGUGAAAUCCACCUUAUCUCCCGAUGCCCUUGUCUUUAUUGACCAGGUCCUGCACAUUGGUGGUCCAUCCCCCUCUACCCCAUGUCCUCCAGCCCACCGGAGUUUGUCAUAGGGCCUCACGGCACUCCACACUCCACCACCUGAGCCGGCUGGAGGACACCAAACUGGUCCACUUUUCCACCAUCCAUCGCCACCACCUCUACAUGCUCAUGCGCCGCAAGAUCCGUCAUGCCACCCUCACAUCCCACUCAGACACUGAGUGGUGGGACCUGCUCAUCAAGGGCAGGGGUACCCCAGUGACUGAGCCUAUACUCCACCUUCAUCCCACGAGCACUGGAAACUUCAGCUGGUUGCUCCUCCAUAGAGCCACUGCCACAGGCGUGUAUGUGACAAGCUUUACAAACACCCCGGUCUCCUGCCCCUUCUGCAGGCAGGGGGAGACCCUGGCACACUACACUCGAGUGUGCCAGAUUGCAACCUCCUCCUGAGAUUCUGGAUGAACUUCACCCCCUACCUUUUUAUUUUUGGGCACCCCAUCCGCAGCCCCACCAAGUCCUGCGACCUCCUGAUCAACCUUCUCCUGGCUUUGGCCAAGUGAGCCCUGUAUUUGACCAGGAAUGAGGCUUUGGCCAGGAAGGUGCCUGGGGACUGGAGGGACGCAUUCCUCUCCCUCGUCUGUGCAUGUUUCUGGGUGGAGCACCACUAGGCAGCAUCCACCGGCUCCUUGGAUGCCUUUGAGGACUGGUGGGCGCAGACUGGGGGGCUCUGCUUGGUGUCUCCCUCAGGAGCACUUAUUCUCAUGUUUUGACCCACAUGACACUCCCACCAUUUUUUGCUUUUCCUGUCCCAAGAAAUGUAGUUUCCCAUUCAUCCAUUAGCCCCUGUGAAAAGGAGCUACUAGUUAUCUGGGUGGGCGUUAGCCCACGGUAAGUGAAUGGACAAGUAGACAGGUCUCAGUCUGGGUCAGCCUCUGCAGCUCAAUGUCAAUGCCCAGCUCCUGGAGAAAUCUGUUCUCUGCAGUGAUCCAACCCUCAACCUGGCACUGGAAGAAAAGACCUGCAGGUGUACCCUAGUACUGGUGAGAGCAGCAGCAAUUUACCUGUACCAUCUCCUACCUAGUGGGGCUCAGG